AUGUCCUGUCUAACGAGCUUUCUGCAGCUGCUGCAAGUGCUGACAGCGCUUUCGGGUUGCAACAUCUACAGAUAUGUCGAAGGCAGGCGGGUAUUCAGACUGAACCAAAAGAUUAAUUUUCUGGUGGAGGCGAUGCACAGAUUCUGGCUGCGACCCUGGCUGCUGUUGAUAUUUUUGAUGCACGUAAUCUACUGGGGAUUGGAGUUCCUCCGCGGACUAACGGAUCCUAAUUCUGGCAGCGAAAGACCCCUGAAUAUUAUCUUCAAAAUGGGAUUGACAGUCGCCAAGAAUCAAAAUUUUUUCAUCAGCAUGGGGUUUGCUUUUCUUUACAGGUAUCAUCGGAAACUGAUGCAAAAGAUGUUAAAUGGAUUCGUGGGGAUAUAUCAUAGCUACGAGAGUAUCUGUGGUCGGGAACUCCGUAUAAACUGGUGGCUUUUUGGUCUCGAAGCGUACAGAUCAGUGGUCGCUUCGGCGGCACCUCUCAGUGCGAAUUCUUCUAUGCUGGUUUCGGGCUUAGGACCAAAUAUAGACAUAUUUCUAAGACAAUCUGGAAUACUCUUCGUAUGCAUUUAGCCUCUUUUGUUAUCCCUGGCUGUCUAUUUGGACAUUUUGAUCCUAUAUGCCUGCUAUGACAUCCAGGAGCAUUCUAAGCGAAGGAAAUCAUUCCAACUUUACGAAUUUUACAGACAACUCAUUAAACUAAGGCUUAACUUUGACUUGUUGGCCAGGUCCUUUGUGUGGACGGCUUUAUUGGAGAAUUUAUUACUCUUCAUAUCAAGCUUUCACUUGACACAGCAAUCAGUCGAGGACCUUGUGAAGAGUCUGUUAGCCAUAUUUAUAUUUCCGAUCGCCCUUCUCCAUAUUAAUGUGGCUAUCAACUCCGCCGAAGAAAAAUUCGGUCAUUUUAGGGCCAACUUCAGGCCAUACAGAAAGACACAAUUGCUAUGGCAUUACAGGCACGUAAUGAAGGCGACUCUAGAUAGAAAUGACAUCAACGUGUUUCGCCUGGAUCGGGGACUUAUUUUGGGAAUUCUAAGAUAGGGAUGGGUAUUCGCCAUGUUUACGAAUGGUUUGUUGCUUAAUAGCACCGCCAGUCUUAAACACUUUGAGACUGUUAAUUAA